AAUUGAUUCACAGCCACCAGUCGGUCUCGUUCCUAUUAUUGACGCCAGGGGGCGCUGCGGGACACAUGCGCACAGUACUUCCGUCGUCUCCAUAACCGACUUGAUACAAGGUAAAUUGGUGACACAGAGGCAUCAUGAGCAGUUCUGAAGAAGUCUCCUGGAUAUCCUGGUUCUGCGGGCUGAGGGGAAAUGAGUUCUUCUGCGAGGUGGAUGAGGACUAUAUUCAGGACAAGUUUAACUUGACUGGUCUCAAUGAGCAAGUGCCACACUACAGACAAGCCCUAGACAUGAUCUUAGACCUGGAACCAGAUGACGAACUAGAAGACAACCCAAAUCAGAGUGAUCUAAUUGAACAGGCUGCGGAGAUGCUAUAUGGUUUGAUUCACGCCCGAUACAUUAUGACUAAUCGAGGCAUUGCCCAGAUGAUUGAGAAAUGGCAGCAGGGAGACUUUGGCUAUUGUCCACGGGUGUACUGUGAAAACCAGCCCAUGCUUCCUAUCGGUUUGUCAGAUGUCCCCGGCGAGGCCAUGGUGAAGCUGUACUGCCCCAAGUGUCAAGAUGUAUACACCCCCAAGUCCUCCCGCCACCACCACACUGACGGCGCCUACUUCGGCACAGGCUUCCCCCACAUGCUGUUCAUGGUGCACCCAGAGUACAGACCCAAGCGCCCUGCCAACCAGUUUGUUCCCAGACUGUAUGGCUUCAAGAUACACCCACUGGCCUACCAGCUCCAGUACCAAGCUGCAUCCAACUUCAAGAUGCCCAUGCGCGGAGCUAGUCACACCAACAGCAAAAGAUGAAACAAAGCCACUAUGUGCUAGGCUCGAACUCGGACUGGAAUCCUGACUAGAUAUUACCUCCUCCACUGACGACAUUUAAACUUGCAUCAUCGAAAACUUGUACAGUGUACAAAAGUCUUAAAAAUCAAGACGUGCGAGAAGACAUUUGGCAAGAAGACAUUUGGAGCAAAGAUGAUGACAAGAGACCACAGAUUCUGUUGACAUACUGUCUCCUAUUCCUGGGAUUGUUCAUCCGUCAUUUCUAACAUUUGUACUUUCUCUAUGAUGUAUAUAAUGCUUAGGAAUGUUUGCUUUGUAAAACUGGCAUUAUGAUUACGUUGACAUGGGAUCCCGUACUUGCUGAGUGUAGAAAGCAGGAUCGGUUUUGAUGGACAAAAUUUGGCCAAAUGUGAAAUAAAAUAAGUUUACAUUUUC